ACAUCUACACUCACGCCAUGGCAUCACCUCCAGGACCUCUAGCUCUUCUCAUCACGCUGCUUCUGCUGCCCACAGGAUCCAAUUCUCAGCUGGAUGUGUGCGGGCAAGCUCCCCUGAACACCAAGAUAGUGGGGGGUGCGGAUGCUCCAGAAGGGGCGUGGCCAUGGCAGGCCAGCCUACAUCACACUUCAUUCGGUGGCCACUUCUGUGGAGGAUCCCUCAUCAACAGCCAAUGGGUUCUGACCGCCGCCCACUGCUUCACCAGCAUUACCGCCACAGGACUAACGGUCUACCUCGGUCGACAGACUCAGGAGGGUAACAACACCAAUGAGGUUUUGCAGACUGUUUCUCAGAUAAUCUGUCACCCUGAUUAUAACAGCGAUACCUUCGACAAUGACAUUUGUCUCCUCCGCCUCGCGUCCAACGUCACCUUCACCAACUUCAUCCGGCCCGUCUGCCUGGCUGAGGCUACCAGUUCCUUCCACAGGGACACCACCAGCUGGGUCACAGGAUGGGGCACCAUCGGGACUGGAGUGUCCCUCCCCUCACCGCAGACCCUUCAGGAAGUAGACGUGCCUGUCACAGGAAACAGGAACUGCUUCUGCAAAUACAGUGUACGGGACAUCACCAUUACUGACAACAUGAUCUGUGCUGGACUGGAUGAGGGCGGGAAAGACUCCUGUCAGGGUGAUUCAGGCGGUCCGAUGGUGAAUAAGCAGGGGGAAAGAUGGGUCCAGUCUGGUGUUGUGAGCUUCGGUAUCGGCUGCGCUGACGGUAGUUUCCCUGGAGUCUACGCACGUGUGUCCCAGUACCAGAGCUGGAUCAACACUCAGAUCACCACCAAUCAGCCGGGAUUCGUCACCUUCACCUCCAGUGGCACCGACGGUGACCUGACUGCCACCUGCUCCGGCCUACCUCCUGUCACCACGACAACCACUGCAACUACCACAACUACAGCUGCAACUGCAACUACCGCACCACCAAAGUGUGGGAGAGCUCCCCUGAACACACGCAUAGUGAACGGGGACAAUGCCACAGAAGGGGCAUGGCCAUGGCAGGCAAGCCUACAUGCAUUCGGUGGCCAUUUCUGUGGAGGAUCCCUCAUCAACAGCCAAUGGGUGCUGACCGCCGCCCACUGCUUCGAAAGGUGAAGUCACUCACACUUCUUCUGCGUACAGACUGCUCUACAG